AUGCCCCAUAAACGUUCCAAGAAGUCUGUUAGAGACGCCGAGACUGCCAAAAAGGGCCAAAACCUCGCACCGUCCGAUAACAAGUACGACGACACCCCGCGAGGCGCAACCCGUAUCUUUUCCUCCCUCGACCUCCAGACCAAAUUCCGAGCGAGCGGCCGGACGAACAGUGAAGAUACCGGCGAACGGCGCGGAGUCGCCGGGACGAAUGUCAAGGGGAAGGGGAAGGGGAAGGAGGCGCUGCCAAAGAUUAUGCCGCAAGAGACGCUGGGCGAGUACAAUCGCCGUAUAGAAAGUCUGCUCCGGCCUGCAGUCUCAUCUGCGAUCAAGACGGCGGAGAACCAACGGCAAGCGGAAGUAGCGGAUGAGAGGCGCGGGAAGAAGGAGAGGAAGAGGCGGGCGAGGUUGGAGAAGCUUGUCAAGGAGGGCAAGGUGGAUAAGAAGGUGUUGGAAGAGUUUGAAAAGUCGGUCAAGGAGAAGAAGCGGAAGAGGGAGCAAGGGAAGGGUGGGGAUAGUGAGAGUGAAGAGGAGGAAGAGGAGAGGGGAGGGAAGAAGCAGAAGCAGCAGCAAAAGGAGCAGAAAGAGUUCAAGGCUGCGACAUCGACGUCGGCGCCGAGGCGGUUGAACGAUAUCGCCCAAGCACCGCCGUCUCUGCCGCAGCUCAAGAGAGCAGGGGAAAAGUCGGGCGUGUACGGUGCGGUCAGCAGCGGCAAGAUGCCGCUGAAUGCCGGGCAGAAGCGAAUCAUGGAGGAAGAGCGAGAACGUGUGAUCAACUUGUAUAGAGAGAUGAAGGCAAAGAAGCAGGAGAGCAAAAGUAGUUAA